CUCUUUUCCAUCAUACGAUUGUGAUAUAUAUAUUGAAUCUGUUACUUACUUAUUUUGAGUUGAAUUUGCCUGCAGUCUAGAUCAGCUAUAGUCGAACACAAUCACCAUGAGAACAACCAGUACAGGAACCGCCACUGUCUUAGACACAACUCUUACACGCCUCAUAGACGAUGUUAUAGAGAAUGGAUCCAGUUUCCUUGCAGACGACGAGAACUUGCAACAUUACAAACAACAUCUGUGCCAUCUUGAGACAGCAUCAAAGAUGGCACUUCUUCGAGAAUGUCUAUGCGUGCGGCCGCCUUUACCGCUUCUGCCAGACGAUCUCCUGCAAAACAUUGAAUCUAUUCUCACGCGCGUUCGGCAGCACAAGAUACUUACUGCAGUUUCCUCACUCUUGCCUUCGCAGAUACUUCAGCAUGAUGAGCGUCGAGCAACGAGAAUUCAUCUGUGGAGAGGCGAUAUCACGACUUUGACUGGCUUGACAGCCAUUACCAAUGCUGCGAAUAGCCAAGGCCUAGGAUGUUUUCAACCAACUCAUCGAUGUAUCGAUAACGUUAUUCAUUCAGAAGCAGGACCACGGCUACGGGAAGAAUGCUUUCGGCGGAUGCAGGCAAGAGGAAAAGAGCUCGACCCUGGAGAAGUACUUGUCACUGAUGGUCAUGCGCUUUUUGCUUCUUCAGUGAUGCAUACCGUCGGGCCGCAGCUGAAGAGAGGUGCUACACCUACUGAGACUGAGAGGCGGCAACUGGCGAAAUGCUAUGAGUCGAUUCUUGAAGCGUUGGAACUUUUGCCGUGUGAGGAAGACGGUAGCAAGUCAGUCGCUCUUUGUUGCAUUUCGACCGGCUUAUUUGCAUUUCCAGCCGAUGAAGCAGCUCAGAUUGCAGUGUCUACCGUCGUUUCCUGGCUUCAGAAUCACCCGUCAACGACAAUUACGAAUGUCAUAUUUAACACGUUCACUGAAUCAGAUACCAAGAUCUACUCAAACCUCCUUGGACCUUCACAAGAAAAUUCUAUCUCUGCGGUGAAGAGUUCACCGCAAGGUUCUCUCGACUUAGCACGCGACUGGCUCGCCUCAGCAGACGCUGUCCUCGUCACUGCCGGCGCAGGCUUGUCAGCCGCUGAAGGCCUGGACUAUCACUCUCGGGAUCUCUUCAAAAAGAAUUUCCCAGGCUGCCUCAAAUUCGGAUUAACAUCGCUAUACAGCGUCUUUGGCUUCAACGACUGGCCUUCAGAGGAACAUCGCUGGGGAUAUUUCUUCACUCAUCUGAACAUGGUGGCAAACUGGCCAAACACGCCGACUUACCAGACUUUGAUACCAUGGCUGAGGAAUUUUGGGCAAGAUGCAUUUGUGCGCACGUCAAAUGCUGAUGGACUAUUCCUCGCAAAUGGCUGGCCAAAGGAGCAACUUUCUACGCCGCAAGGAUCAUAUGGUUAUUUGCAGUGUCUGAAUAACUGCAGAGUCGACGCUGUUGUGCCAUCUGCUCCUCUUGUAGCUGAUGCGAUGCCACAUAUCGACAAGGCGACGCAAAAGCUGAUGGAUUCGAGCAAAAUUCCUCUUUGCCGGUUCUGCGGCUCCAAGAUGAGCAUCUGUGUUCGAGCGGGAUCAUGGUUCAAUCAAGCACCUUUCCAAGAAGGUGAAGCGCAGUGGAAAGCAAGGAAGUCGAGGAUCCUGAGAGAAAAGAAGAAGCUGGUAAUUCUGGAGCUUGGUGUCGGAAUGAAUACGCCUGGGGUUUUGAGAUGGCCAAAUGAAGAUUUGGUGAUGAGAAGCGAAGGGCGAGUCAAGCUGGUUCGCGUUGGUAUGGGGCCUGAGGCGAUGGUGCCGUGGGAGCAGGAAGAUGAUGGUCUGAGUACCUGUAUUCAAGGCGACAUCGGGCGCGUGAUUCCUCUCUUGUUGCAAUAGAAUGGCGAUCGGUCAUUAUUUAUAAUCUAUACAAAGAAUAAAUAGAAGCCACAAAGAAUGCAGAUCAUAACUGCGCCUCAAAUAAAGACAGCCCUAUGUUCAA